CAUUGCGCCUGCUGAUAAAGAUGGCGGAGCGAGGACGGAAGACAGUUCGACAGUUUUGGACUCCAGAGGACACCAAAAAACUGAUCAAGCUGACGACAGACCAUGAGCAAGACUUCAUGCAACCGAGGUUUCAUGGCAAUAAAAUGUGGGAGAAAGUUGUGAGAGAAAUGGGACUCGAAGGGAAAAUCACGGUGCAACAAGCCUCAAAGAAAUGGAAAAAUCUUGUACAAAAAUACGAGGAAUUCCGAACCUCCCGAAGCGUCUCCGGGGCCGACAAGCGGGCCGCCGCCAUCACUUGGGUAUAUUAUGACGCCAUGCACCAGGCCAUGAGUGCCAGGCCGUCCGUUCGUCCGCCCGUCCCGGUCGCUUCUUUCCAGGAGGCUCCAACAAUCCGCCUCACGCUCCCCGACGGCGACGCGGCGGAGGAGGCGGUCGAGCCGGCGCCCAAACGCCGACGCAUCCUCGACCCGUCGGCCAUCGUCCCCGUUCCCGUCUACUCCAACAAGGUGAACAGCAGCCUGCGUCUCAAGGCGGAGCUUCCUACCAUGAUGGAAAAGGAACGAACAGACGACGGCGAUGUGGCAAAUCUGUGGUCGCAGAUGGCGCGUCGAGAAGGGCGAGCGCUCGCAAUCACCAUCAGCGACUCUGAUGACGAACCGGAAGUAAAGGAGAGUCCCUCGCGCUCUCCGCCCCCUCCCCCAGCCGAGAUUCCCUUCCGGAAACAGUCCCGACGUUCCAAGAUGAAGAUCAAGGAGGUGGACAGGAGGCUACGUGCCGUGAGCGCCAUCUUCUCCCCUGAGGCCGCGUCCACAAGGAGGCGCCGGCGAGACCUUCCGCAGCUGGACGAACACGACGACGACGUCAUCGUGCUGGACGGGCGGCGGUCAUGUGACUCGCGGGUGCUGAAGGUGCGAUGUCGCACCGACGUUUACAAGCUGCCCGUCACGUUGACCACGUCGGUGGGCCAGAUGGUGAGCCAGAUGGCGGCCAUCCUGGGCUUGUCCAGCUUCCGUCUGCGACUGCUGAGGGAGGAGGCGGAGCUUCCCGCCGACGCCAGCGUGGGCGAGCUGGGCCUCGACAUCGCCGACAUCUUGGAGUGCGUCGUCAUGGCGACGGAGGAAGGCGCCGUCAUCACGGUACGUCUGCAGGGCAAAGAUCGAGGAUCCGCGCGGGACUUCUCCGUCCACAAAGGAGCGGAGCUGGGCGCCAUCUUCUCACAGUACGUGGCGGCGCUGCCCGCCGCCACCAAGCGCAAAGUCAAGUUUCACUUUGACGGCUGCAAGGUGACGGGCAGACAGACGCCCGCUCAGUUGGACAUGGAGGACGGCGACAUCAUUGAGGUGUGGACGUGAGGCCCACCUGCAACGUCAGAAUAAAAGUGGCGUCAGUUUACAAAUGAAAUCAAUCUAUUUUUAGAAGCUGUUCAUUUGAAUUUGUAAAGACAUUAAAGACUGUUUGCGUAA